UAAACAAAGAAGAAUAAUCUUUCAGUUUGAAUUGCAAGCAUCUUUUAUUUGCGCCUUUGGCCUUGUCAAUUAUGGAACCUAAAGUGAGAGCAAGUUGCACCUGGACACAAACGGCUGGCAACGAAAUCUCCAAGCUAUUGCCAACUCGCAUUUCGGACGAAGAUGUUUUUGUCAAGCCCGACUUGUAUGACGUAGUGAAUGAGGAACGCUCGGCGCUGUUUUUGAAUAACCAAAAGCCUUGUGAACUGCAAAUUGCAAUUUCGCCUCGUUUUAAAAUUGCCGCCUUCACACUCGUUUGCAGUGUGCCCAAAGUAGAGCUUUUCCUAGGUCCAUCGCAGGAGUAUUAUCAAACCAUCUAUGGGGAGUGUAUGGAGGAGGAUGAUGAUGAAGUACCUAUUAGACCGUACCGCUAUGAUGUAGAAAUUGAUCGUUCCGGCAUUGCCGACAUUAAUCUGAAACUGUUAAGUUCGUCCGAAGAGAUUUGUAUUUAUGGUGCCAUGUUACAUAUAGCUCCCAACCCAAAUGGCAUUACAACACAGUUGGUUAAUCCGAAUAAUUUAAAGAUGACACAGGAGCUACUUCAAUGUGGCACCGCCGAUAAUUGUGGUCCGAAAUUUCAGCAAUUUAUGGCUCUAAUGCAAAGACAGGGCGAAACCAUCCAAAACGAAACAAAGACUAACGCUGAUAAGGAAAUGUCUAUGUCAAGUCUUUAUUUAGACAUCUGUGCCAAGCUGGACCAGUUGGAGAGCAAAAUUUCGAAAAGGCUGGACGACUUUGAGGCGCAGCAAGCUCAAAAGUUGGAUAAAAUAAUUGCAAUACUCGAAAAGAAACAUUGAGUUACGUACAAAACGCUGAAUUUUUAGUUUAAGUAAUAACCGUCUUGACAUUUGAAUUAUUCAUUUAUUUUUGGACAAAUAUCAACUCUUAGAAAUAUCAGUAUUCCUAUUUUGAUUAAACGAAA